AACUGUUUUGCAUGCGCACAACAAAGGAUGCGAACAAAAUAAGCUCUCGAAACACUCUUAACAAUAACAAUUACACUUACGAAAGAGGAUUAGGGGGGGUGCCGCUCGGACCUGGGUAGAGCCUCUAAAUUCCUCCCCAACAAUGUAGCGCAUCGCAGGUCUGCCGUCCGUAUGCGUUCCAUCGAAUGUUGGCAUCGAAAUGUCUUCGACCGUCGACAAAUUUGGAAUUUAUGAACAUUCUGUAGUCUCUCGGCAACGCAGGUCAGACUACAUAACCGAACACCGGAGUAUUUAGAGACCGGAGAAACCCACGAAAGUUAGACAGCGCUUAGCAGUGAUACGAAACACGCACCUACGCAUAGGACAGUUCCUACAUGCGGCAGGGCGUCGAAUGUUGCACUUUGAAGGGCUGAAUAUUCCUCAUUUAGGUCAAGGAAGUCGGAAACAACAAAGCAGCCGAACAAUUUUCUCACAUUUUAACAUCCCUGCUGGCUUUGAAGCACAAACUCACGCUCGGCACGACGGCAGCGAGCAGAAAUUGCUUUACCUCUGGAAGUCGACAGAACUAGCAUGGGGACCUCUCAUGUCACACAGCACUGGCUCGGCACGCUCUGAACCAUCCAAGCAAAUCCCGAAAAGAAAAUAACUAAGAAAAACGUAAGUCCGGAGGAAUAGUCUCGCAGUUGAAAUGCUGUUACCGCCGGACUACACGGGAACGAUCGUCAGGGCACUCGGGAAACCCAUCAACUUACUGUAGCGAACCGUCAAAUCUACAUGGCGAUCGACGACGCCUAAAACCGCCUCUGACAAUGCAAUCCUCGCAGUUGCGGUGCAGGGAAGCUUCUAUAACACACCGAGCACACCUGGUGAGUAUGUCGUUGUACGGCACGAGAAGUCACGGUACGGCAAUUGAAUUGCGAGGUAAAAAUUCCACGGGCCCGAAACAGGUUCCAGGUUGUGCGCCUCGGGAUCUGGGAAGAAACGGCCCUCAGGAUGUUAACGUCUUCGAUCAGCUCGUCAUCUACACCCGCCCGAUCCCUUAUGGAAAAGGUGACUACACGGAAAAUGGUGAAUAUUUGACAACCUGAUCCUGAUCGGACAAUUUCUGACAUCUGUUGGGUGUCUCGUAUUGCAAACUACACAGCGGCAUUCGCUAUUCUUCUCUGAAUUUCGCUAAUAAGACAGCAGUUUCACAAAGACUUUUCUGGUGCGAUUAAAUCUCACACAUUUGGAAACAGUCUUUUGUAGCGCAGAAAAUCUGGGCACCGAGCUUCCUUCACCGGUCACAAGACCUCUCUCGUGGUGAAGGCACAACCAGGAACGGUCCUCGUCUUUCCACGAAUUUUUUUGCGGUUCUUGACGCACAGCAGCAGAAUCUGCGUAAACUAGUCGCCGUGACGUCUCAGGCGUCUGUAGAGACGGCAAACUGACAAGCUACAAGUCUUAUCCCUCGUUCCAAGUUUGCAGUUGCUCUCUAUUGACUCGACAGCCACCAUGAUAUUUGGAUUUAAGAGUCACUAUUUUUUGUGGACCUGCGUCUGCUUUUAUUGUUUUUUCACCCCCUGUUUUCCGGGACCCGUGCGUACAAGAAAAAACUCUUUCCGCUGCGGUCGCAGAGGAAGCAUCCGACAACUCCAUGCGGUCAGAAUACAGAAUGCCGGUGUUAACAACAUGAAGAUCAUGGAUGAACAACGUGUUGUACUAUCCCAUUGUACAUAAAUACGGUUCCUCUAUGAGUGAUCCGCGGCCCAGAACUACUGAGCUUUUUCGCUUCCCCAAUGCAGCUGUUCUGAUGAUGGCAGCGGACCGAGCUCAGAACGCUUGUCACGAAUGAAUGAGACCCCGUUCACCUCAGGAGCGCUAGAAACACCAGCGUGUGACAGAGACGCCGCUGACGGCGCCGUUAUCGACAUUGGAAAAGAACCGACAAAACAAGGUCGCUUGCAAAUCGCAAGAGCUGUUCGAAAAAGUCUCUUUGUUGAAACAAGAUUCUUUCGUUUCCACUUGCUUCCUCUCAGGAAUUCUUAGAGAAUUAUUUCCGUGCCUUUUGCGUUUUUGGAUGUCUGAAAGCUCGACAACUCUGCACCAUUCAGCGGACAGAGUGGAGGGCGCCCGCUGCUGAAUCGCUGCUGUUUCGUCUAUGGCUGCGGGAUUUGCGGUUCACCCGAGGUGUUUUUCGGAGGUUUUUCUGCGAGUUGAGUGCCUCUUUGCAGUCUCCGUUUUCUUCCAGGAUCAAACUCAUCACGUAUUCGUCGUUGCGCAUACCACACAGAGAAGGCUAGAAACCUACAAACACAGCUCUCUAAAGGUGGGUGCGGAGAGGCAGGCGUGCUGGUUUCACCGUGUUCUGUUUUUUCGCCCUGCUUUCGUGAUCGAGGAACCGGAAUUUUGUGCCAGAGCCUGCUUAGACACCAGGAUUUCCAGAACUUUCCCUCAACGGGCUUUCGGGCUCGGAGUCGAUGAUGUCCCACGUUUUUGACAGCUGCGGGGCGAUCAGCCAGCACCGAAAGCGCCUUGGAGCUUGGCUUGUCGGGCACACGCAUAGUUUUCUCUCCGCGUCUUCUAUCUGUCUCUCGAUUUUCACGCUUCUCUAAUCGCUAAGGCCCCGGUGCCUUCCUCUCACUGACCUCUGCGCUUCCUUUUCCUCCGUUUUCUCUCCUUGACACCUUCGGAAAUAGCCAGAUCCCGCGUUCGGACGCCGUGCCAGCCGCAUGUCGGGACCCGUACUUGUCUGCCUGAGGUGGCCUCCAAGAAAGUGAUCCGUGCCAAGUUUCUCCAGCUCCUACCUCUCAGGGACUCUCACUGAGGUGGUCUUUCUGGAGAGAGAGAGACCUGCGCGUUUCAGACGGGGUUCCGAGACUUUUAUAUCGUGAAUGUAAUCGAAAAGACGCGUGGACACCCCGAGCGCGACAUUCCUCCUAGCGACACCCGCCUCACGUUUUCACGGGGGCCUCAACCCCGUCUGUAAGCAUCGUUUCUACCUUGUUAAAAAACUCAUGCAGCUUUGUGUCUGUUGCGGUCGCGAGUCGAAAUGUACUUUCCGUCUUCAUAAAUCAAUUCUCCGUGUACGCCGCUGAACGUGGAUACAGCGGGGGGUCGCUAGCGCUCCUCAGCGCGCUGUAGCCUGGCUCGACCCUGAAGUGGAUUUGACGGCAGCAAACGUUUAUCUGUGUCGCAGCAGAUGCCUGAAUAUCUUCCCGGAGAUACUCUGAGUUGUUGUUCCAACUGAUUUUUCAAUUUGUGAAGGAUUCGCUCCGCACCUAUACGGCCGGUGAUGGCAGGGUGGUUUUAAUUCGCGAAAUGCGUAGCUCUCGCGAUACGGCGUAAACUUAUGCUUACGCUUCUGUUCUGGACUGAUCUUCUGAGGCGGAUAUUUCAUGAGUACAACAGCUGUCAGGAUUGCCUUGUUCUGUCAGCAUGUUUCGAGUCCAAGGUCCAAUGUCGCGACAGCAAUUUUAGUCCGAUAGUGUCACAAGUGUGUACGGAGGUCGAAGUCAACGGAGUAGACUUGAGGAUCUCUCUUUCAUUUCAACCGGUCAAAGCCACGUCAAAUAGGCGAGACAAUUUGUCUGGAGUCUUGGAAAAAUGUCGAGCCACGACCUGCGGCUGUGUCGUCCACGGCGGCAGUCAAAGGGUAGCCGACAAAGCCCCGCUUUUUCUGCUGGACGACUCUGUUCUUCGUGGGGAUCUCUUUGUGUUUGUCGGAGAGUCCCCCGUACGAAACUGGGGGGUUCGCCUGCUCCCCGGACUGCGGGGAUCCACCGAGACUCAAAGUGCUGUGCGACUGCGAUGAUGCCUUUUCCAAAACGCAGUUUAUCUCUUGUUUGUCUCCUUUUCUGCGUGGUCACGGCUGCCGGGACUCUUCCUCGACAACCUGUAGCUGAUGCGUUUCGCCUGGAGAACCAGGGAGUACAGGACUCACACGCAAACUCGGACGCCAUGCAGCCCUCGCUAGGAAGCGCGACGAAUCACAAGGCGACAGGAACCACGAGCUUUGUCUCAGUGAAUGAAAAUGAGGAGGGCAUGUCCCAAAAAGCGAUCAUCGUGUUUGUUGUGGCUAUUUCGGCGAUGGUCAUUUGUAUCGGCGUCGUUUUGGUCAUGUGGUGGAUGUCAUCGGAACGCGAGAAGAAGAGACGCCACGUUGCUCGAGAUGCGGAGCGAGCUCCGGGACUUUUUUUUAGUGAAGACGAAGGCCCAAUGUCUAGCGAUGAAAAGUCGGCACCGAAAAAGCCAGCGGGAGGAAACUCUCCAAAUACGCGUGAUGCCGGCGAGUCCAUCUCUCGCGAAAGGCAGAUAAUUGAAGAGGACCUAGGAAAAGUUCUCGUUGUGGAUCCUGUUUCUGGAGUGAUGCGGAGUAGGCAAAAGUGGCAGCGGAACGGGAACUCGGUGCCGGACAAACGAAUGCUUGCCGGCACGGAGCGAACUUGUCGGACGGGGCAACAAAAGUUCAAAAAGUAGAGCGAUGUGAAAAGCGCCCAAACUGAAUCCUCUGAAAUACACCCUGUGGACUCUCAUCCCGGUGCAACGGUUUCCGGGCACAAUCUCAUUCAUCUAGUAGAGACGCCCAUUCAUGUCGAAGAAGACAUUUCCCUUUUUUCUGGUUCAGAAGAAACACGGAAGAAAACUCUUGAAUGUUGGGUGGUCGAUGUGGCACUGGUGACACCGCGUUGCCCUACAGAGAGUUCCACUGCAUAGUCAGCGGCUGUUAGAACCCUGUAGAAAACUGUUCGGUUGAAAGCUUUUCGGUCAAAACACCAGCGUGUACAAGAGACAGAUUGCCAGGCGUCUCAGAAAGGAUGGAAAAUCGUGCAUGCUUUCGGUUUGAGUUGAUCCCCAUUUCCAGGACCGCAGCCGCUGAAGAUGUCUGGUUCUUCGUCUGAGAUGGCUCACGCGCUUGCCGUUGUUUCUAUCGUGAAUGAUCCUCUUGGUGCCGUUUCAAAAUAUUCCCGGGAACGCCUAAAACUCGCAUGCUUGACUGACGUUUAGUCUCCCUUUCUAUGAGUUUGUUUCCUGCCCAGUCUGCGUCUUCUGUCGGCGGGCUCCGGCUCAAUCCUCGCUUCUACUUUCGCAAUGGCCUCUCAGUUCCCACCUGGACUUCGCACUUUGACUGCAAGAUAAUUCGAAUCUCCUGUCUACAUACGAUGAUACAACAGGUUUCGUUUUUGCUUUUAUUCGAAUGAGUGCAGUUGAAGGUUUCUCAUCUGUGGCGUGCGUGUGCUUUUCUCUGGACUUCAGGCGUUUCGGAUUCCACGGUGCCGCUCCUGCCUCCGGGCAGCUACUAAACAGUUCUCAAAGUUCAAGGCUCCUCAAGUUCACUGGCUAGGCGAAUUCCGCGACACCUUCCUGGCAGUUUUAUUAACCGGUAUUUGUGUGGUGGUCACUAGUUCCGCCUGUUUCGUUGCUUCCGUUUAAAAUGCGAAAGGUUUUUUCUCAGGGAGGUUAGGAUGAGCCACUGCAAAGAUGUGGACUGGGUGUUCACAGAUUUAGAAAUAUCUCACACACGAUUGGGUGGAUGUACGAAGAGUUAGAAACGUGAGAGAUGUGUUUCUGGAAAGCAUUCUGCUCUAUGAACGCAACGCAGUCUCUCGCAAGUCGCUACAGAAAAAGAGAACACAACUUCUGGACAAACUUUUGAAGUACCGCGUUUCUGUAGGAACAAUAAAGAAGGUGUUUCUCGAGAUAGGAAAAAUGAAGCUCCGGGCGUAUGUGUUGUCACGAAGUUCCUAGGGGAAAAGGCAACACAUGUUUGGCAUGUCACCGUCACAUCGGUGCUUUUUGUGUCUUAUCGAAAACAACAGAGUUCUCUGUAUACUCGUCGGGAACGAUCUUGCCGGCGCCCGUAACUCGGCUCGGCGAGUUGCCGCGAAUUUAAAACCGCGUUUUUUUGCUUCUCCAGUUUUACUCGUGAACCAAAUUCAGUUCGAUGCGGUUUCUUUGUUUUGUAAGAACUCGGUAGAUAGGUUUUUGGAACAUGUGGCGCGUGACAUCACAGAAUUAGAGUUUUCUCAGUGUUUUUGUCAGACCCGACGUUUUGAGUGUACUAAAAAAGGUGCUAUUGAGCGACCAGAAGUGCGCCGUCUUGUCUGAGAUUUUUAGGUAGGAACAGAAACACUGGAAGUGCAGAAUUUGGCGCUUUUGGACGCUGCAGUUCAGGCGAAACGCGCUUACCCUUUGUUGUAACAUGUAAACAUCGUGAUUGAAGGCUUGCAAACGAUGAUACCGACUGCUGACAGCGCUGUGUUGUUUCUCUGAGCAGGGGUACCGUGACAGAGUGGCCUGC